AUACCAUAUCCUAUACAAAUUAAAUUUCCGGGCCAUUCAAACAUAGUUGAACUCGAUUCAGGAGGAUGGUCAUAUCACGCUCUUGACUCUCAGGGCCAUGUCUACGUCUGGGGCACUUUGGAUGGCCUUGAGCAGCCGGGAUACGGAUUUUCUGGAGCAGGGAAUGCUACAGAUAUACCGUUGCGCCUUGUACCUCCUGAACCAAUUCAGGCAUUGAGCUGCGGAGCGACGCAUAUGACAGCAUUGAGUGUAUCGAACCAGGUUUGGACCUUCCUAUCGUGGGGAAGACCUUUCCGAAUCAUCACACCUGUACUAAACAGAACCUCCCCGGAGUCAACACCAAUACAGAUCUCUUGUGGAAGUGAGAGCUGCUUUGUCUUGACUGCCUCUGGAGAUAUCUACAACUGGUGGCCAUUUGCUGGAGUCAUUCGACAGCAAUUUCGAGAAACUAUGGCACUGAUGGAUGCAGAGGGGAAUCAGCUUGCGCAAGCAACAGCAGAAGGAACAAUCCCGUGCAUGGCAUGGGGCUUGGAGUAUGAUCCACAAAAACUUCCGACUAUCCCUCAUCUUCCUGAAUUAGUGCAUUCUGGGAAAGCAUUGGGGAACGAAGAAGACACAAAGGUUGUUAAACUUGCAGCAAUGGACAGUGUCCUGAUAGCACUGACAAAUAAAGGACAUGUCCUGAGACUUUCUGGGCUGAACCCUAUGACAAACGUUGAAGAGAUGCAUUGGGAAUAUCUUCCAAAUUUCAGCGAGACAGAGAGGAUCCGUGUUCAUCAUGAUCGAAUGUUCGCAGGCGGUAGACGCACGAGAGGUGGAAGUAUUGCUACGCUUGCGCCACCGAAGGAUGUACGAAUCACCCACAUUGCAGCGGACCGCAACGGCCGCUUCGUUGCGUACACAAAUGACGAUCCGAACGACAGCUACUCCAUUGUCCUUAUAGGAUAUGAUCAGACAACACCAGUUAUGGAGAUGGAGGCAGAAGUAAUCCCAGAACUGCAGUACAAAGCUAUUAUUUCUGUCACUAUGUCCAACCACCACAAUCUGGUGCUCUCUGCAAAUGGGAAGUUAUACUCGUGGGGUCACGACAUGGAGGGCUGCCUCGGCCUCAGCCUACCAACGGAGUUGCCUGUCGGAGCUCCUAGAGGAUAUGAAACACAACAGCAAUUGAGGCAUGCAAAAAAAGGACAACAUGUUCCAGUUCCAGAUGUUCCAGUACCAACAGAGGUGCACUUUGACCAUGGCUUGGAUACAAGAAACUGGUUUUGCAUUGCUGUAACUGCAGCUGGAUGGCAUUCAGGUGCACUAGUUGUUGAUCUUGAUCUGGAGGUCAGUUUCACUAACGUGUGCUGA